AUGGAGUUCUCGGCUCUCAGAUUCGUCGAGCUCGGGUUCUCUUCCUCUUGGCGUGGUGUGUGCCGGUGGAUCCUUCUACCACGGCGGCGGGUUGUGGGUUUGAGCAUGCAGUCGGGUUGGUGCUCGAGCCCAGUGGCUGGCUCGCGUAAGGAUGGGCUCAGUUUGUGGAGUAUGGUGGUUGCGACCCGUUUUACUCGGUUCGGCAUCUUGUACAGGUUGAUUCCGGGAUAA